CGCGCCCACCCAGGCCUCUCGCUCCGGCCCUUCCCUGCGCGCUGCUGCAAAAAUGGCUGGCAGCGACGCUGGCCGCAGCAGCGACAUCCCCGACUACGAGACGGUGGAGCUGAAUUCUCGGGUGCUACACGUGGCCUCCAUCGCUGCUCUCUGGAAGGAAAGGCUGCGCCCGGAGGAGCUGUCUCUGCAGCAGGCCGUGCUUGCGGACGACGACGCUGCGGUGGCCGAGGACUUGAACUGCACGCCGGAGAUCGCGGCCGAGCUGAGGGCUGUGUGCAGAGUUGAUGCACUGAAGAGCUCAGAUAAAGAAGAUACUGAAGUGAUACGUGAAGACACUAACUUGAUAACUCUUAGAAUUAGGCAAAGGGCUCUGCAGAGGCGAGAAAAAAACAUCAGUGUAGAUCGUGCAUGUAGACAAGAAACAUUUAUUUAUGAGAUGGAGUCACAUGCAAUUGGAAAGAGGCCAGAGGAUCCAAAAAAUCUAGUCAAGGAGUCAGAACUUGUUUUAACCCUCAAUAUUUUCUACCCAGUUAUAUUUCAGAAGCAUAAGCUCCGCAAGCCCUAUCAGACAUUGUUGGUUCUAGGUAGCCAAAAACUUACAGAGCUGAGAGAUUCCAUUUCCUGCGUCAGUGAUCUUCAGAUCGGUGGGGAGUUCAGCAAUCAACCUAACCAAGCACCUGAAAGUAUCAGCAAGGAUCUCUACAAGUCUGCCUUCUUUUAUUUUGAAGGUGUUUUUUACAAUGAUAGCAGGUAUGCAGAGUGCAGAGACUUAAGCAGGACAAUUAUCGAGUGGGCAGAAUCUCGCAACAGAGGCUAUGAGAAUCUUCAAGGUGUUAAAAUGGAAGACUACACAUUUAAUGACUUGAACAUCAAAAUAGGCUUCCCGUACCUUUACUGUCACCAAGGAGACUGUGAACACAUUGUUAUCAUCACAGAUAUCAGGCUCAUUCAUCGAGAUGACUGCCUGGAUAGAAGCCUCUAUCCUUUGUUAACGAAGAAGCAUUGGCUGUCGACCAAGAAAUGCUUUGUAUGCAAAAUGUACACAGCUAGAUGGGUGACCAAUGAAGACAGCCUUGCUCCACAAGACCCCUCUUUCUUUUGUGAUGUCUGCUUCCAAAUGCUUCAUUAUGAUGAAGAAGGCAACAAAUUGGGAGAGUUCCUUGCCUUUCCUUAUGUUGAUCCAGGGAUUUUCAAUUAAAGUGCAAGAAAAAAGAUGUUCCACUGCUGGAAUAUGUCCCAUCAAAUCACAUGGUCAAAAGUGGCCAUACCCGGGGGGGGGGUCAUUGUGUGUGCAUGGGGUAGAUAUGCACCCCAUGAAUGCCAUAUGUUGUGUGUUUGUAAGUUAUUGUGAUCCUUGCCAGCACGAUCAGGAGUAUCUUGGGUCUGGACUACAUAUUAUGCUAAGUAUGCUUUUUAGAAAGCUGGAUACUUCUAUUUCAAAGGAAAAGAUUAGGUGGCUUCCUGCCAAAAAAUUAUACUAGCUGUCACCUGCCUUCACAGGUGCUAUUUAUUGCACCUUCCAUAGUUACCUGACUGUGAAAGUGCAUUCUACAAUAAGCUAGUUCACUGUUUAAUCUGCCACUUAUCUCUGGGUUUAUCAUCCUUGCAAUCUUUCUGAACCUUUUCUAACAUUCAACAUCCUCCUUCAACUUGUUUUUAACUUAAAAAGGAAAGCUGAGUUUCCCCAUUUCCAUUCCAACUGCCACACCAUUUUGUUUACCUAGCUGCCAAAAUGCAGGCCUCUUCUCAGGGUCCUCAAAAAUGACCGGAGGUGGGUGGGGGGGAGACAGGGACGGAAUAACAGUGUCUGACUAGGCAUGCCUGGAACAGUACUUCAUUUCCCCGUACACUGUUGGUGAGCAAGUCCAAGGGUCGCAUCACUCCUGUCUUAAUGGAUGUUGCCAUGUUUGCUUUUUAAGUGUUCUUACUAGAAAAUCUUACCAGAUUGUAUUUGAAAUUUAAGUUUCAUGACAUUAAACCUAGCCCUGUAGAAAUGGUGAGAACUGAAGGUCUUAUUGACAUGUCUCUCCCUUUCAGGAGAGGAUCAAGUGCUGGGUUUCAUAAAAGCCAGUUUUCCUCUCUGUGAGAGAUUUGAAAUUCCUGAGCAGAACAUACUGCACUGAACAUGCUGCUCCCUGGAUUUAAUUUUGAUUUUUGACAAUCUGUUAUUCUGCAGGUACAUCUCUUCUUUUGUAAAUGUGUUUAUUUAUAUAUGGAUUUGUAUGUUCCACAUGUUCCUUUUAUGUUAUUGUACUGAUGUUUUGAUUUUUUUAAAUAUAAACACUUUAACACUGUA